AGAUUUCCCUUGUUUGUUAUUUGAAGGUGUGUUUGAAACGUGUUGAACGUUCCAGUCCACCUUUUAAAUCUGACUUAGCUGUGCUUUGUAAAAGUACAGAGCAGCAGUUUAGAUCAUAGGCUUGAGGUAUUUAAGGAGAUGUUGGUGUCCUUAUUUCCUUGCCUCACCUAGUAUUCUAGUACAUAUAUUCCCUUUUCUUCCGUCUCUUUUAUAUUGACCUUGUGUCCUUAUUUCCUUGCCUCACCUAGUAUUCUAGUACAUAUAUUCCCUCUUCUUCCGUCUCUUUUAUAUUGACCUUUAUAUAAUUAAGGAAUUUAACCUAAGAAAAUGGUGAAAAUUUGCUGCAUUGGAGCUGGGUAUGUUGGAGGUCCUACCAUGGCAGUCAUUGCCCUCAAGUGCCCCUCAAUUCAAGUGGUUGUUGUUGACAUCUCUGUCUCUCGUAUCACGGCCUGGAACAGUGAACAGCUCCCCAUUUAUGAGCCGGGUCUUGAAGAUAUAGUGAAGCAGUGCAGAGGAAAGAACCUUUUUUUCAACACUGACGUGGAAAAAAAUGUUGCAGAGGCAGACAUCAUUUUUGUUUCAGUUAACACCCCAACCAAAACUCAGGGCCUUGGAGCUGGCAGAGCUGCAGACCUGACAUAUUGGGAGAGUGCAGCCAGGUUGAUUGCUGAUGUUUCAACAUCCAACAAGAUUGUUGUUGAGAAGUCAACUGUCCCAGUGAAAACAGCCGAGGCAAUUGAAAAGAUCCUCUCUUUCAAUAGCAAGGGCAUCAACUAUCAAAUUCUCUCAAACCCGGAAUUUCUUGCUGAGGGAACAGCUAUUCAGGACCUCUUUAACCCUGAUCGGGUUCUCAUUGGAGGGAGAGAAACCCCUGAUGGCCAAAAGGCAAUUCAAACAUUGAAAGAUGUAUAUGCGCAUUGGGUGCCUGAAGACAGGAUCAUCACAACCAAUCUCUGGUCAGCAGAGCUCUCCAAGUUAGCUGCCAAUGCUUUCUUGGCCCAGAGGAUUUCGUCUGUCAAUGCUAUGUCAGCUCUCUGUGAGGCAACUGGGGCAGAUGUUUCACAGGUUUCCCAUGCUGUUGGUAAGGACACCAGAAUUGGAUCCAAGUUCCUUAAUGCUAGUGUUGGUUUUGGUGGAUCUUGCUUUCAAAAAGACAUACUCAACUUGGUCUAUAUUUGUGAUUGCAAUGGCCUACCUGAAGUUGCCAACUACUGGAAACAAGUCAUUAAGGUGAAUGACUACCAAAAGAAGCGGUUUGUGAACAGGGUUGUCUCUUCAAUGUUCAACACAGUUUCUGGUAAAAAGAUUGCCAUACUUGGGUUUGCCUUUAAGAAGGAUACUGGGGAUACAAGGGAAACACCAGCAAUUGAUGUGUGCAAAGAGCUGUUGAGAGAUAGAGCACGGCUGAGCAUAUAUGAUCCACAAGUCACCAUGGAUCAGAUCCAAAGGGAUCUCUCGAUGGACAAGUUUGAUUGGGAUCAUCCAGUUCAUCUCCAGCCAAUGAGCCCUAGUACUGUGAAGAAAGUGAGCAUAGUUUGGGACGCUUAUGAGGCUGCAAGGGAUGCUCAUGCGAUCUGCAUUCUAACCGAGUGGGAUGAGUUCAAGACCCUUGAUUACCAAAGGAUUUUUGAUAAUAUGCAGAAACCUGCAUUUGUGUUUGAUGGUAGAAACAUGGUGAAUGUCAAGAAGCUGAGGGAGAUAGGAUUCAUUGUGUACUCAAUUGGGAAGCCAUUGGACCCAUGGAUUAAGGACAUGCCUGCUGUGGCAUAAGAUGAAUAUCCUCUCUUGUGAAUUGAAAGCUGCACCUGAGCAUUAGAGGAUAAGGAAAAUCUUGCUGCUUCAGUGGUCAAAAUGGCUUUUCAUCAUUCAAAGAUUUCGUUUGUGGUAGUCUACGAAAGCUUGUGAAAGCUUGAUGCAUGAGAGGUAUAUGAUGAGGAAAAUGCGAAACCAGAUCUGACUGAAGAACAAUUUAAAAUUUGUGCUUGAUUUAUGGGGAAAGUGAAACAAUUUCUCAUAUCAAAGAAAGUUCAGGGUAAUUGGAAGAAAAACCUAGUGACAAUGUUUAUUUCAAGGACAUGGAAUGGAUUUAUUUGAGAUUGCUCUUAACAAACUUGAAUCAUUAUUAGAUUUCA